GUACUCAUUUGUGCAUUGUUCUCCCAUGAAGCUUAGUAUGUUUCACUCAAUUUUACUUUCUUUAGCUUAGUUGAUACCAAUCCAGUUGUAGAAUUCAUUUACCGACCGACCAGUAAUCUGUUCUUUUUAUAUACUUGUUUGUAGCUUGACAAUCGUUGUUUGUUCCCACAUCCUUCAGUGUCCGUGCUUGUACUCUUUACAAUUUUAAAUAACUGGCAAUUUGAAUUUCCCCCCUUUGUCGCAUGUAAUUCCUCUUGAAAUUGCAACACUGGGCCUUUUUGUUAUUGUGACUUUGGAGGAAUUGAUCAAGAUUCAAGAAGAAACUGAUGAGAAUGAAGAUAGAACUUUUCAGAAUUUAUAGUGUGUUAUUACUUGUUAUAUUUGAUGGGUCAUCUCAUUUUGGAUUGGAUUCAGUUUGUUAACGUUAGUAUGUAAUGACUAAUUAAAGUUUUCUGCUAAAAUUAUCAUUUUUUUUACAUUUAUUAUAUAUAGAAAGAUAUUGACCUCUCUAUUGAUAAAAAAAUACAAAUUCACCACCCUGGUCAAGAGCUCUACGAUUGAAAAGUCAUUAGAAGCUUCUUCUGGUUUCAUUUCUAAAUUUUUAAGAAGGUAUCAGAUGGCUCAGAGAGGUGUUUGGCAACUGCAAAAACUAAUAGUUAAUUACUGUGACUGGGGAGGCAGUAGCAGGGGCAUCAGGGCAUUUAUGGAGUCCCAACUACCAGCAUUAAAAGAGUGUAAUCCUCAGUUGGAGGUGGUUACUGAACUCAUCCGUGGUCAGCAUCCACUUUUGAAGGGCUUCUACAAGAACAAAAGAGAACGGGUGGUAUGUGUGAGAAAUAUGGAUUCUGAUGAGGUUCUCCAUUCUGCAAUAAGAUUAAGAAAUUCAUUGGGAAGAAAGGUGGUGAAACUGAAGACUAGGCAUAUAACCAAACACCCUAGCGUACAAGGUACAUGGACUACAGAUGUGAGAUUUUGAGAGAUGAAAGCAUCAACUGAAAGAGCCUUUUUUGGUUUCCUUGUAUUAAUAAUGCUGAAUGUGAAACAAACGUUUGAGAUAUUGAGUUUUGCUAUGCAAUUAGACACAAUUUAUACACUUACUGCCUGCUGUAACUUUUUUAGUUUAUUUUAUUUUUACAUUUCCUUUUCCA